AUGGGUGAUGGAAGAGUCACAAAACGAUCGUCAAAUGCCUACAUCCUGGAGCUACAGCAGAAAAUUGCGCGUAUAGAGCAGAACGAGAAGGGCCAAGCAAGCCCUUACAGCUCGAAUUUUGAAGCUCAGCCCAUUGAUCCCAGAGAUCGCGAACAUGUACCUACUUUGGAGAAGACCAGAACUCCAGAGGAUCAUGAGGAACCUCAGGACCUGGAGGAUCUAGACUCUGAGCUAGCCAAUCCAUUAUCGUCUGGUCCUCCUGCUUUUAUGUCUGCAGCAAAUGGGCGCACAUUCUACCUUGGAACAUCAUCCAACUGGUCGUUCACUCGACGAGUUCUCAGCUUGGCACAUCAGCACCUCUAUCAGAAUGCACUGCCCACAGAAACUUUGCUAUUCGAUGAAACGACCUAUGAACUGGGAUGGGAUGGGCUACGAACAACCCCGGGCCUAGAUGUCCCAGUUGUACCGACUCGCGACCAUACCAUGUAUCUGAUCAACGCCGUGCAAUUCCGGUGCGGGCAAUUGUAUCACCUUUUCGAAGAAGAGGAGUUUAUGAGCUCCUUGCAACGGUUUUACUCGGGAGAUGGCCAAUCCAUGACAAAUAGCUUGUGGUACAUCCAUUUCCUCCUCAUCCUGGCUUUUGGCAAGGGAUUCGUUCAGCCCAAGGCUCAAGGUAGAAAGCCACCAGGGGUGCACUAUUUUGUCAAAGCUUUGCAGCUUCUGCCCGACCCGACUGCUCUGUACCGGGAUCCUAUGCUCGGAACGGAAAUUCUAUGUUGCAUCGCUUUAUACUACCAGUGUGUUGACUUUCGAACAUCGGCACAUAACUACAUUGGCCAAGCCAUGCGGAUAGCCAUGGCACAAGGAAUGCAUACUAAUAUGCCAGUCGAAGAUUUAGGAGAUAAAAUGGUCCAAAGAUCCGGCAAAAUCUGGUGGACCAUUUACAUUCUAGACCGAGAAAUGACAUCGUUAAUGGGUCUACCUCAGUCGAUCAAUGAUCGAUAUGUGCAAACCCAGCUCCCCACCUUUGCAGACCCAUCCGAAACAAUGUCAUUAGGCAUGCACAUCAAGUUGUCCCAGAUCAUCGCCGAGGUGAACAGCACAAUAUAUGUUGCCAAUGGGCGUAUCAACCGGACCUUUUUGCUUAGCACUAAAGCAGCAUUGGCGAAUAUUGCAGGGCUUGCCGAUGAGCUUCGCGAGUCAUUUCCGCUACACUUAGAUCCAGUCAAGGGCGUUUCUCGAACAUCAGCGUACCUACAUCUUCAAUAUCACCAGUGUAUCAUCCUCGCCACCAGACCUCUCCUAUUCUGCUUUCUUAAAAUCCGCUUCGAGUCCCCAGAAAGCUGUUUAGAAUCCCUCAAAGCAUCUCAAAAUGUCCGAAACCUGAUGCAAAUGUGUCUUGAAUCCGCCCAGCACAUCAUCAGCAUUCUCUCCAAUUUACAGAGCCAAGGCCUUUUAGAAACCUUCCUCCCCUUUGAUCUAGAAUCAGUUUUUGUAUCCACAAUCAUCCUCCUGAUGGGCCCAUCAAUCGACCCGCGCUUGUUAGAAAGCCACCCUAACUGGCUGGAGAAAGCGUACGCCAUCUUCGACGAAAUGAUCAGAGACGGAAACCAAGUUGCUAGCUUCCGGCGAUCCGAGCUCCAGCAGCUACACGAGACAUUAUUAGGAUGUAUAUCUGGUGAUCAGCCUCGACACUUGGCGGUCCCUGAAUUCUUUCAGCAGGCUGAUAUUGUUCCUGACCCAGCUUCCCCAUCUGCGACACCGAUUCCUGGAACUAUACCUCAGUCUGUUCGAUAUGAUGAUGCUCUUUUCAGGCCGGAUCCCGAUUUUGAUGUGGAGUGUGAUUUUAGUACGAUGCUGACUUCGGCUGAGAUUAUGGCUGUUGCAGACUCGAUUGAGAGCUAUGAUACUGAGUGGGUAUCGAAUGCGAUGAUAGAACAUAGUAUAUGGUAA